UUAUCAAGUGUUCCGACGCCAACUUAAGAAAGAACGAAUAUCCGGAGUUUUCCCAAUUGAGAUUGACACAAAACAAACACUUCCUUCUCAACUCAACAACCAGCUACGCUUCUCUUCCCUUUCUUCACUUCCACUGCCGUGAGUGGCGAGUGGCAGUAUUGUAAUAAUGGAGAAAAAACAGGGCUUCUUUUCAGCAGUUCGGGGCCUAUCCCCCGCAAGGACAAGGUCUUCACGCUCCAAGAGCCCCAUUCGGGCUUCAUCUCCUAUCUCCUCUCUCCUCCGCCGCCGUCGAACCACCAAGCACCACCACGCUCCCCCCUCCGACAUCUCCCUCUCCAGAUCGGGAACCCUCAGACCCCUCGAAGCCCUCUCGCCUUUGAAAGAAGGCCCCGACGCCACCGAUUCCCGCGAAUAUUCCCGAGGAGGAGAGGGACGCUGGGGACAUUGGAUGAGGACUCAGUCGGUUUCGGCGUCCGCCUCCUCGUCUUCUCACGGCGGCGCGUGUAAGAGCUCCGAUCUGAGGUUGUUGCUUGGGGUGUUGGGUGCGCCACUCGCUCCGGUUCAUGUUUGCACCACCGACCCUUUCCCUCACCUCAGCAUUAAGGACAUUCCCAUUGAGACUUCUUCGGCUCAAUACAUAUUGCAGCAGUAUAUUGCUGCUUCAGGGGGGCAAAAGCUUCAGAAUUCCAUCAACAAUGCGUAUGCCAUGGGAAAGGUCAGGAUGGUAGCCUCUGAGUUUGAGACUGCUCAGAAGGUUAUGCGCAGUCGCAAUUCCUCUAAAGCCACAGAAUCUGGUGGCUUUGUCUUGUGGCAGAUGAAUCCGGACAUGUGGUAUGUUGAGCUUGCUCUGGGUGGCAGUAAGGUUCAUGCUGGUUGCAAUGGGAAACUUGUGUGGCGGCACACACCCUGGCUAGGUGCACAUGCGGCAAAAGGACCAGUGAGGCCUUUGCGACGGGCGCUUCAGGGCCUUGACCCAAGAACAACCGCAAGCAUGUUUGUUAAUGCAAGAUGCAUUGGGGAGAAGAAGAUUAACGAUGAGGACUGUUUCAUCCUCAAGCUUUGUGCUGAUCCCUCGACAUUAAAAUCCAGGAGCGAAGGUCCAGCAGAGAUCAUAAGGCAUGUUUUAUUCGGGUACUUCAGCCAGAAAACAGGACUUCUUGUUCACUUGGAAGACUCCCAUCUGACUCGCAUUCAAAACAACGGAGGCGACGCUGUCUAUUGGGAGACCACAAUAAAUUCAUUCCUUGAUGAUUAUAGGCCUGUUGAGGGGAUUAUGAUUGCUCACUCGGGUCGUUCGGUAGUGACGCUUUUCAGAUUUGGAGAAACAGCAAUGAGUCACACUAAAACUAAGAUGGAAGAAGUAUGGACAAUUGAGGAAGUCGCAUUCAAUGUGCCCGGCCUUUCAGUGGACUGUUUCAUUCCUCCUUCAGAGCUAAGAUUCGCUUCUCUGAGUGAAGCCUGCGAGCUCCCUCAAGGCCAGAGAGCAAAGACUGCAGCGGCCACAUACCAUGCCAAAGUAUCUCAAAUACAAAAAUCACAUGGAAGCAAUGUGAAUAAUAACAUUAACUGGACAGUGGAUGUUUAGCGAAGAAGUUGUUUCCGGAUUAGCCUAGGUUUCUAAUGGCUGACAAAUCGCUGCAGGUGAACCGGUAAGAUUGCGGCGGGGUUGUUCGAGGGUUUUCUGCUGUUGAUCAUUGCCUCAUCUAAAAUUGUAAAUAGGAAAUGACCAGUCACGGAUCCGAAAAGGGCAAAAACUUUAAUACUAUGGGUUUAUGGUGGAUGAUUAUGAGCAUCAAGGUCUGUUUUUUACCCACUUGUUUUCCCAUAAGUAUGAACCUGAGAAUCUGCUGAUAAUUAUAUAAGCUGCAAUUGCUUUUAGAGUAA